AUGUCAGUGCUUCUGGAAACCAGCUCUGGCGAUAUCGUGAUUGACCUGCUGGUCGAUUACGCGCCAAAGCUUUGCGAAAACUUCCUGAAGCUUUGCAAAGUCAAAUAUUACAACUUUUCACCAGUCCACUCUGUUCAGAAGAACUUUUCCUUCCAGACCGGCGAUCCUCUCGGACCCUUAUCGAAACAGUCCGAUGGAGGCACCUCUAUUUGGGGCCUGCUGUCGGGCGACAGCUCCAAGAAGAUGUUCCCGGCCUUCUUCCACCCGAAACUGAAGCAUCUCGAGCGAGGCACCGUCAGCAUGGCGACGGCGCCCCUGGAUUCCGACCCGGAUACGCGCGUGGCGGCUUCUCAGUUCAUCAUCACCUUGGGCGAUGAGACGGACUACUUGGACGGCAAGGCCGCUGUCUUUGGCAAGGUCGUGGAGGGCUUCGACGUGUUGGAGAAGAUCAACGAGGCCAUCGUAGACGACAAGGGGCACCCCCUUAUCGACAUUCGAAUCAAGCACACCAUCGUUCUCGAUGACCCGUACCCCGAUCCCCCCGAGCUGCGAGAGCCCAGCGCCUCGCCUCCUCCGACCAAGUCACAACUCGAUACUGUUCGGAUCGCGGACGAGGCUGCGCUACACGAAGACGAUGAUCUAGAUGAGGAGGCGAUCGAGAAGCGGCGGAGGGACCGCGAGGCACGGGCCCAGGCUCUCACUCUGGAAAUGAUGGGUGACCUGCCGUUUGCCGAGGUCGCUCCCCCUGAAAACGUCCUAUUCGUCUGCAAGCUCAACCCCGUCACGACGGACGCCGAUCUGGAGCUCAUAUUUGGCCGAUUCGGCAAGAUUCUGAGUUGCGAGGUCAUUCGUGAUGCCAAGACAGGCGACAGUCUCCAGUAUGCCUUUAUCGAAUAUGCUGACAAGGCGUCCUGCGAGGCUGCCUAUGCCAAGAUGCAGGAUGUCCUGAUUGACGAUCGGCGUAUCCACGUGGACUUCUCGCAGAGUGUGAGCAAGCUGCAACAGGUCUGGAGAGACGAUACAAACCAGAAGCGCAGAAAACACGCGUCCAGGGGUGGAUUCGGAGGUGUUGACGAGCUCGAAAAGAGGCGGCAAUACCGUGACGAAUACGAGCGAAAUGGAGAUGAUUACGAUCUGGUGUACGGAGACGAGGAGAUGAAGGGUCGCCACCAGCGCGCCAAAGACCGUCAUCGGAACAGGUGCGGAGACGCAGUCGAAGCCCCGGACGCUCAAGGGCCAUGGGUAGGGACAGAAGAGGAGAUGGAGAUCGAUACCGAUCCGAUGAUCGCGGUUCCGGACGACGGCACGAUCAAUACGAACGGCGACGUGACGAUAGGGAUUCGGGUCGCAGAGACCGCAGAGACUGGGACAAUCGGAAUCGAGGUAGGGAUCGAGACUCGGACAGACGAAGAUAGUAACAGCAGCAGCAGCAGCAGCAGCAGCAGCAACUGCAAGACGCGCAUCUCAUUUUCUUCUCGUCUCCGACAAUGCUCUUUCAAAACUAUACCCAGCCGCCGUUAA